AUGACUUCCCAACCCAUCACUUACCAUUAUCUCGACAUUGGCCGGCUAGGCCGCGGAGAGGUUGUGAACCUAUUCUUAAAAGACGCGGGGUUGGACUACAAGGAUGUCCGCUAUCCCUACGACGACACCUGGCCGGCAACCAGCAAAAAGCUGCGUCAGAGUGGACUUACCAGGACCGGUCUACUACCUGCCCUUGAGCAUGGCGGUUCUGUGCUCACCCAGCACAUUCCAAUUCUGCGUUACCUUUCUCGUGAGCUCGGUGCUUACGAUGGUAACACCAACUGGGAGAAAUACCUGGUUGAUGCGGUGGCGGAUAUCUACAUUGACUGGAGAGCUCAAUGGGUAGCCAUCCUGAAAGGAGUGACCGAGUCCUACAAGAAUGAGAUUGUGCCCGCGUACUAUGAUCUCGUCGCUCAGUAUUACUCCGAUGUCGAUGGACCUUACCUGCUUGGUGACAAGAUCACCUAUGCCGACUUCGCAGUUUACCAGUCUAUUGACAAUGAUACUAGAACCGGUACCAUUCCGGAUACUCUUCCCCCGGCUCUCACUAAAUUUGUGGAGGCCUUUGAAGCGCGGCCAAACAUUUCUGCGUUUAUCAAGGAGACCCGGCACACAAAGGCAUAG